CUCCCCACUCUCCAUUUGCCAUCUUCUUGUCUCUUAAUGUCCUCUCCUCCGAGCACUAAGACGUAUACAGGCGGGUGCCUAUGCAAGGCUAAUCGAUAUGAGAUCACUACGAGCAGCCCGUUGGGUAUUCGCGUUUGCCACUGUCUCGACUGUCAGAAAGCGACCGGGUCGGCGUUCAUGGCCAACAUCGUCCUCCCCCAGUCCGAAUUCCGCUUCACCCAAGGAGGUACCGAAGACGUCCUCGGCAGCUACACCUGCAGCGAAACCCUCUCCGGCAAUGAAGUCAUCCGUCGGUUUUGCACUAAGUGCGGAUCACCAAUGUAUGCCGGCGGCGCUAUGAGCACCGAAAUGGUGGUUAUUAUGACUGGGACUCUUGAUGAACCGACUGAGCUGCAGCCAGCAACGGAGCAGUUCAUCAAAGACAGGCGAAGCUGGUUAGAUGAGGUGAAAACGGAGGGAAUAGUUCGGUUUAACGCGAUGGGAGUAUAAGACAUUUAACGGUAGUCAGACACCCAGCUGGGCCGAUAGUUGAGAAUAUUACUGAAUACCCAAGUAACCGCCCCUAUCUGGGUAUUGGAAAGUAGGAACAGUGCUACGAAUACAUUUCCUUCAACUCAGCUAUACACCUCGUCUCACCGUCGUUCGACACCUUUGCCCUCUUCAGCCUAGGUGCAUACUCCAGGAUCCCUCUCACAACCUUUUCUUCGUCCUCCUUUGACAACUUCAAAUGGCCAGACGUAUAAAGCCCCAAGCUAACCUCUUCUAGUGCAGGGAAUAGCCCCAACCAAGCAGGAAUGUUUCUCGACAGGCUCAUCUGCAUCACGUCCUCCUCACGAAUCACCGCGCCCAGCGGAAUGACCACUUCGACCCGCGCCACGGACCCCGCCCGGCGCUCGGCGUGCUUGAACAAGCGAGACUCGCGGUGAUUCCGCCGCCCAGUCCACUGCACGCACUUUGCCACGCUGACAAAGUCGAACACGAGGGUAAUCCCUGAAAGAGAGGUGUUAUCUGCGAGUGCGGUUAGCGCCCGAUCGAGGUAGUCCAUGUCGUCGAUCUGCUCGAGCGAGACGCGCUUGAGGUUGGGAAGCGCACGUGUGGUGCUGAGCACGCCUGAGAUGGAGAGCGGGGCACCUGAGACUGUUUCGAGCGCGCCUGGCGUAGCGUCGCCGAGUGCGGCCUGAGUUCCUGCGCCCCAGACCUUGAGCUCCUUGAUUGUGGCGUGACGUGAGAGGAAGGCACGAAGGGCAGCGGGCGGGAGUAGGUGAGUGCGUAGCUCUAGUUUGCGCAAAGAGGGAAGGGACAGGUACAGGAACGGAGUCCACCAGAGUUUGUCUUCACGUGCGUCGUUCCACCCAUGCUUGGAGACGAAGUCGAGAACGAGUACUUCGAGCGGAGACAUAUUUAGGGAGUUGACCGUCCAGACAGCAAAAGGAUGCAUGAAGAGAGUGCUCUGCGUGAGCUUGAUCUGCCGAAGAGUGGGGAGGGGUGGGGCUUCGUUGAAAUACCACGACAGGUCGUCUUUGUCGGACACCGUCCGGGAGUCCGUUUUCGAAAAUUUGCGCAAAGACGAUGACGCCUUGCCAGGAGUGACAACAUAUUCCUCGCAUCUC